CAAGGCAGAAACGCUUCAAUGAUGAACUUGUCUUGUUUAUUAAUCGUUUUGUGUCUUUUUUCUCAUAUAACAUUAACGUCAGGUUUCAUGGAAGUUUUAGCUGCUUUUGUAGCUUAUGCGUAUGACGCAAUAUUUCAAGGGGAUGGUUUAAAGACUUUUGAUCCUAAAAGUUUGAAGGAAGAUCUCAGACGGUCUCUGUAUGGGCAGCACAUCGCUUCCGAGGUCAUACUAAAAGCUGUAUCGUCGUUCAUGACUGACAGUAAUCCCAAUAAACCGCUGGUCCUGUCUUUCCAUGGGACAUCAGGGGUAGGGAAAAAUCAUGUUGCUAAAAUCAUCGCAAAAAACAUUUACAAAAAAGGAGAAGAGAGCACGCAUGUUAGCACAUUUAUUUCUGAGCUUGAUUUCCCACACAACCACUUGACGGACCAGAACAGUGCAAAGCUAAAGGAGUGGAUUCAUAAAAGUGUAUCAAGUUUCCCUCGCUCCAUGUUCAUAUUUGAUGAAAUGGACAAAAUGAACCCAAAGAUUAUUGAAGCCAUAAAGCCAUAUCUGGACUACAACGCCCAUCUAAAUGGAGUGUCAUACCGCAAUGCAAUCUUUAUUUUUCUCAGUAAUGCAGGUGGACAAGUGAUCACAGACUUGACUUUGGAUUUCUGGAGAAAUGGCAAACAAAGAGAAGAAAUACAGUUAAACAGCAAAGAACUGGAGAUGCAGAUUGUUCAAAACGUCUUCAAUGCUAAAAACUGUGGAUUUUGGCACUCUAGUCUCAUAGAUCGGCAUCUGAUUGAUCAUUUUAUUCCUUUCCUACCUCUGGAACUGAAGCAUGUGCGUCAGUGUGUCCUGUCUGAAAUGGCCCACCUGAAAAUGAAUGCAGACAAAGAUCUGGCUGACAAAGUGGCCGGAGACAUGCCUUUCUUUCCUUCAGGGGAGAAAAUCUUUGCUGUUAAAGGCUGCAAGUCAGUCAGACAGAAGCUGGUGCUUUAUGCUGAUGAUUAGAUGAAAGAGACUUGAGCUGCACAUUUUGUCCACAUUGUACCGUUACUGAUUAGACUGUCGUUUUAUGCACUUAGCUGAACGAC